CGCCGUCUGUGUAAACCCUCGCGAAGGAAGAGCUCCUCUGCAUAACCUGCAACCACAGCCGCAAAGGGUGCCUCUUUUCUUCUUCAUCUUCCAUCUGCAACCAUGAUUAUCUCAGAGAAGAACAGGAGAGAAAUCUCAAAGUACCUCUUUCAAGAGGGAGUGUGCUUUGCCAAGAAGGACUUCAACCUUGCCAAGCACCCUGAGAUCGAUGUUCCCAAUCUCCAGGUGAUUAAGCUGAUGCAGAGCUUCAAAUCGAAGGAGUAUGUCCGCGAGACCUUCGCCUGGAUGCACUACUACUGGUACCUUACCAAUGAAGGGAUUGAGUUCUUGAGGACUUACCUCAAUCUUCCAUCUGAGAUUGUGCCUGCGACUUUGAAGAAGUCUGCUAAGCCUCUUGGCAGGCCCAUGGGAGGUCCACCUGGUGACCGCCCGAGGGGUCCUCGUUUUGAGGGAGACCGUCCUAGAUUUGGUGAUCGUGAUGGGUACCGUGGUGGUCCUCGUGGAGGAGGUGAUUUUGCUGGUGGUGAGAAGGGAGGUGCUCCAGCUGACUUCCAGCCCUCAUUCAGGGCUCUGGUGGAAGGCCUGGAUUUGGUCGUGGUGGUGGCGGUUAUGGCGGUGGUGCACCACCAGCUCCAAGCAGUUCCGGUGGAUUUGCUUAAGAAUGUGCUUGUAACUUUAAUUUUGGCCGUCGCAUGGAUGUUUGCAUAUGUAGCCUUUGAAAGUUACAAACAUUUUUUAGUAUUCCGUUGCAGUAGUCUGUUAUUGUAAGGGAUUGACAACGAUGGAAACUCUUCUUUUACGAUGAUGUUGUCGAGUAUUUUGUUCGUUACUAUUGGCUCACUUUUCCCAGUUUCAAUUUACUCUCAAUCGUACUAAAUAGCAAGUUCAUGAUAUUAGUCUUUCUACAGAUGUUAGAUAUCUGCUGCUGGGCUAUGAUAUCGCUCUGUUAUUACUUGUCAUAGAAGUUAUGCC